AUGAGCUUUGAGAAUUAUGACCCUUGUUUCCCUGACCAGCCGGUAGUUGAUCAAUACCUCCCGGUGUGGGCUAACCUUCCCUCCUUCCGGUCCAAGCCGGCUUUCAUCUGGGCAGAAGACAGUUUGUCUGGUUCGCUAAAAUGCUCAAGUCUCACCUACGAGGGGCUAAACAACUCGGUUCACUUCAUUUCAUCCCAACUUUCACAAUCAUUUCAGAGGGGUGACACGAUCAUCAUUUUAUGCUCCCCUGGGCUUGAGCUCGUUGAGAUCCUAUUUGGAUGUCAACGAGCUGGACUCAUGGGAGUACCCAUCAUCCCUCCUAACCCAACUUUUUCAAACGACGAUCACCACCAUCUCAUUCGUGUUUUGUCUCAGACACGACCAAAAGCGGCUGUUGCAGAUCGUAAUUAUGUUGAAAAGGUCCAAAAAUAUAUCAAACUUUCUUGUCCUGAAACCCCCCUAUAUAAAAUCUUGCGCAAUCUCACUUGGAUACCUAUGGAAAAUCUUAUAGAGAUGAAUGUAACGUCAAACACAAACUUACAUUCAUCGUAUCAAGGUUGCAAGCCAGACGAGGUGUACUUGAUCCAGUACACCUCUGGUGCAACCGGGAUACCAAAGCCAGUCUUGGUGGCAGCAGGAGCAGCCGCUCACAACGUCAGACUUGCUAGAAAAUCCUAUGAUCUUCACCCAAAUAGCAUCAUUACGUUGUGGCUACCCCAAUACCAUGAUUGCGGGCUUAUGUUUCUCUUAUUGACAAUUGUUUCUGGUGCGACAUGUGUGUUAACCUCGCCAAACGCUUUCAUCAACCGGCCUAGGAUUUGGCUCGAGUUGAUAACCAAAUUCAAGGCAACGUGCACUCCGGUACCCUCCUUCACACUGCCAUUGGUCAUCAAAAGGGGACAAGUUUUUGACAAAAGACACAUGUCUAUAAAUCUAACCACCAUGAAAAACCUAAUAAUCAUCAACGAACCAAUAUACCAUGAAUCCGUUAAACAGUUUGUCCAAGUGCUCGGCCCAUUAGGUUUAAAUCCUUCAUCGAUUUCGCCCUCUUACGGGCUAGCUGAGAAUUGUACUUUUGUCUCCACAGCAUGGAGAUCAAAACCACAAGAUAGCAAUUUCCCAAUCCAUAAUAAGCUAUUACCAAGUGCCCGGCUGCAUUACGAUGAUAUACAUGAUGAAGAAGAUCAAAUGAACAUUGUAAUCGUCAAUGAAGACACAAAUGAGCUUGUGGAAGACGGAUUCGAGGGUGAGAUAUGGAUUGCUUCUUCUCCAAGCAACGCCUCAGGCUACUUGAGCCACCCUUCUUUAACUCAAGAAAUCUUUCAUAGCAGAUUAAGAGGAAGAUUCAGCCAUGAACGAUUCAUUCGAACUGGGGAUCGAGGGAUCAUCAAAGGUGUCGAAAGAUUCCUCUUUGUAACAGGUCGAUGCUCAGACGUUAUUAAACACGAAAAUGGGGUUGAAACACAUGCUCAUUAUCUCGAAACAGCAGCAUACGAAUCGUGUACAAGGUUUCUACGAGGAGGGUGCAUUGCAGCAUUUCAGAUUGAUGGGAGUAUGACAGCAAUUGUUGCAGAGAUGCAGAAGAGUGGUGAGAAAGAAGAUAAUAUGUUGAGGAGCAUAUGUGAAGGAAUAAGAGAGUUUGUGUUGAAGGAACAGGAUAUUCAGGUGGAAAUGGUAAUUACCCUAGUGAAGAGUGGAAGUAUUCCCAAAACGACAUCGGGGAAGAUACAACGAUGGCUUGCUAAAGAUAGAUUUUUGAGGGGUAACAUGGAGGUAGUGACACAGAUGAAGUUUGAUAAAGAAGAUGACAACACUUUCAAGAAGUCUAUUGCGAAUAAUAUGAAGAUAAAUCAAAUGGAAAAUAGAAAGACGAUAUUAUACAGUAAUUUAUGA